AUGACGAUCGAUUACUCGAAGUGGGAUGCGAUCGAAUGUUCGUCGUCUGAUUCAGAAGAGUUUACCAAUGCCGACGCGAACGAUGAUGAUUAUGAUGAUGAUUUCGAGGGUGAAGAGGUCGUUGAGAGAGAUACGGGCAAGAAGAAGAAUGAUGAGAACGAAAAAGAACCCACGAAACGGGAUGACGAAAAACGAGACGCGUUGCAUGAGAACUACGACGUCGUCGUAGGCGAGAGACUCUUUAAGGAGGAUGAGAAACUCACUAAAAUGAAGGAAAUGUUUUACGACUACACAAUCGAGCGAGAUAUGAAGAGGGUAGAGAAAGAGUACCGGGAGAAACAGAAGAGAAAUCCGCAGGAUUUUUCAAUGACGUACGAACCUUCUGGAGAGAAAGAAUGGCGAACGAUCGGGACGAACAUAUUCUCAGUCGCUUUGUGCGAGUUUCCUAAGACCCUGCGGAAGUUUUUGAAACGAGUUGGACGGGAGUGGGUGGAAACGUUCGCGUGUACGGUGAGACGAGAGGAAUUGAAAAAAGAAGUAUAUUUGCCAAAAGAGGAUUCGUAUCACGUGAGCAUAUGUUGUGUUCAAGACGUGGCAAAAGAUGAUGAGAAUGUCGGUGUAUUAGGGAAGCCGGAUGACGCGCUCGACGACGAACAGUUGAUUGCGAUUAUGAGAAAACUAGUUACAAUUACGAAAGAAACGAAUGGUUUUAUUGAACUGAAACCAGUCGGCGUUCGUCUCGGAACGGAUGGAGGUGUCGUCCUGGCGUGUGAAAUAGAUAAAACGCUACAAGAACUUAGAGAGAAAACGAUCGAGGCAACGAUGGAAGCAACAAAUGGUCUUUUCACGGGACGCGCGAAACCAAUGGUUCUCAUCACCAUCGCGCGAACGCUCGAGAAUCCAAUCGUCACGUCUUUUCAAAGCAAAGUUAUUAAAAUUUUCAAGGAGAAGUACGAACGCGUCUAUUUAGCGCCGAUUCGAAUCAAAUCAAUAUUUUUCUCGCACGAGACUCGAUGGAUGCACGAGAAGAUAGAUUAUCGUUGCGAAUUAAUGUUAGGCAAAGAGAACGGCGAAGCGCUGGAAGAUUUCGACGAGUAUUUAAUACGGAGACGAGAACGGAGAGAGCGAAACGAUGAUGAUUCAGAUGAUGAUGAUUCAGAUGAUGACGAUGAUGAUUCAUCUGGGUGGGACUCGGACGAAUACAAGAAAGCGUGCGAAAAAGAUAAAGUAGGUCUACCCGGAGAUCUUAUGCGCGUAUUGAAUAACUACAUCGAUAUCCGCAGAGAGGUGGGGGAUGAGGGAUAA